UUUGCAUUGUAUGUAAUCCACUAAAUAAACUGCAUAAUGAUGUCAAUAAAACAAGAAAAAAUAAAAACUGAAGAUAUCAAACCAGACCUAAAUAAAAUUAAAAUUGAACCGGAAGAAAGAAAAGAUCCGACAUCCUAUUUACCGGAAGAACCCAUGGUUUAUACAUUAAAGAAGAAAAAGAAAAAAAAGAAGCAUAGACAAGAGGACCCUUUCAAAGACAUAGAGGAUAAAAAACCGGUGGAGAUGAUAAAGGAUUAUGAAGUUGAGGUUGAGUCUGUACCGAGUUUGGAUCCCGAGAUUAGUAUUAAAGUUGAGAACAUUGAAGUUGAACUUGAUUUUCAUGAUUUUGCGGAAAAUGGCGGACUAAUGGUCGAAGGACCUCAAAGCGAGGACAGUCAGGAGCCGGAAAUAAAAAUCGAACAACAGACCCACGAAGCGGCAAUUCUUACAUUCGAGAGCAUUAUCAACAACAAGACAGACAAAACCGUUUUAGGUUACAGUCAAGAAACAGGCAUAGAAGCCGCACCUAACUAUGUCUGCAAAAUAUGCCAUUUAAUAUUUCAAUCUCAGAAAACUUUACGUAUGCACCAAAAAAGAAAGCAUAAAGUCUACCGAAAAUCAUUUAAACACAUAUGCGAUUACUGUGGAAUGUCUUAUGAAAUGAAGAACAGUUUAGGAGCUCAUAUAAAAAGAAAACAUGGCCCUAAUUCGUCCCCAGAUGAUCGAGAGGAGAGGACAUGUGAGAUCUGUGCGUUAGUGUUCAAAGGGAUGACAAGAUUAAGAAUGCAUAUGAGAAGAAAGCAUAAUCUCUUUGAAGACUCUUUUCAAUAUGAGUGUGAAGAUUGCGGACUGACAUAUGAUAAGUAUAGGAGUUUAGUUGUUCAUAGACAAAGAAAGCAUACAAACAUUACUAAACCAGAACCAACUCAAUGGUUCAACUGUCCGUUUUGUCCUAAAAUCUUUACUAAACGAGAAACUUACGCGAGACAUGUACAAAGAAAACACAGGAUUAAUGAAGAUGGUGCAGAGAAUGAUAAUAUAUCCCAAGAGUUUCUAGAAACCUGUGUUAAUAAAGACACUGGGGAAAUAUCAUGUAACGAAUGUCCUCUAGUCUUCUCCUCAUUAAAUUUCCUAAAACUGCAUAUGAGACGAAAACACAAUGCGUUAAAAGAAGACUUUAGAUUGAAGUGUAUGAUCUGUAACUUGUCAUAUGAUAAGAUUGAGAGUCUUAAACGCCAUGUGAGAAGAAAACACGACGGUGGCGCCCGUUGUGAAGUGUGCAAUAAACAGUUUGAUACUAGAGAACAGUAUUUAAACCAUUCCCAUGUAAAAGUGAUAAAGGAAUGUCCAAUAUGUGGUUUGAUAUUCUCUUCGCAAGGUGGUUUAGGAAAGCAUUUACGGUGUACACACAAAAUUGACACACCGAAGACUGUGUUCUGCAAUGUAUGUAACGAAGGUUUCCAUGAUAAGAGACAGUUGAAACCGCAUUUACUAAAAGUGCAUUUAAAUGUGUCAUACACUUGUAGGUUUUGUAUGAAAGUGUUCAAAGCUAAGGAGAGUUACAGACGUCACAUUUUGUUUAAACAUCCAGCACCAAAUCGCGAUAAUAACGAGCAACAGAACUGCGAGCAAUGUGCUGAAACUUUUGCAGACGAGUUUGAACUCAGUCGUCAUGUACACACGGUACAUUCUAAGAAGUUAGAAUCUGAGAAUUCUUUAGUUGAAAUCAAGAAUGAAGAAGAUAUUAAAGAGUUGUUUCAAUGCACGAAGUGUCCAGUAAACUAUCCAAUUUGGGAUCAGCUUAGGUUACACUAUGCGCAGAACCACCAGUUAGUCCAAGACACUCAAUGUCAAAUAUGCGGGCAAAUCCUCCCUACGAUCGAACUAGCCAAACAUAUAAAGCAGCUCCACACAGAAGACACUGUCAUGGAGUGUAAACACUGCGAGUUUAAAACUACCAUUAGAGCUAGUAUGACACAGCAUAUGCUAAGACACAAAAAUGCUACUACGAUCCAUUGUGAAUAUCCAGGUUGUAGAUUCAAAUCAUUCUAUGAGGACGCAAUGGUUAAACAUAAGAAAAAACAUGUUGACCAAGGUGUAAAACUACAAUGUAGUAGAUGUCCUUUUCAAACUAUGAAUAAGUACAUUUUAAGGUAUCACGAAGAAGCUCACGUCACUGGCAAGAAGAGAUACACUUGUGACCAAUGUGACUAUGCUACUAUACUACCCGCUAACUUGGUACAACAUAAGUAUAAGCAUUCAACGGAAAAAAGGUUCAAAUGCGAAUACUGCCCGUUCGCUAGUAAAUAUAAUACAUCGUUACGUUUCCAUGUUAAGAAAAAGCACUGUGAUCUCCCGUCUUUUGUUUGAAUUACCUAUGUUGUUAAGUUAUUAAA